GCUGAUGUUAUUCCCGCGCAAUUUUCAGUGAAAGGGCGUCUCGUGGUACAGGUCUUUGUGUAGGAAGCCGGGCAGGUUUAGAGCUUUUGUUAGCAAGUGUUCCACAUUGCAGUCAAAAUGUUCGAAGCAAGACUUGUGCAGAGUUCAAUCCUGAAGAAAGUUUUGGAGGCAAUCAAAGAAUUGCUAAAUGAAGCAACAUUUGAUUGCUCCGAUUCCGGAAUACAGUUACAGGCCAUGGAUAACUCUCACGUCAGCUUGGUUUCACUCAAUAUGAGAAGUGACGGAUUCGACAAAUAUCGAUGCGAUAGAAAUCUGUCGAUGGGAAUGAAUUUGGCAAGUUUAACAAAGAUUUUUAAAUGUGCGUCAAACGAUGAUAUAGUUACCAUCAAAGCCCAAGAUAAUGCCGAUACAGUAACUUUUGUCUUCGAAUCUCCAAAUCAGGAGAAAGUCUCAGACUAUGAAAUGAAACUGAUGAACUUGGAUCAGGAGCAUUUGGGAAUUCCGGAGACUGAUUACUCUUGCACAAUAAGGCUUCCAUCAGCAGAAUUUACUCGCAUUUGCCGAGACUUGAGCCAGUUUGGCGAAUCGUGUGUAAUUUCAUGUUCGAAAGAGGGAGUAAAGUUUUCUGCAGCAGGAGACAUUGGUUCAGCUAAUAUAAAAUUGGCACAGACAGCUAAUGUUGACAAAGAGGAAGAAGCGGUGACCAUUGAAAUGCAAGAACCAGUCACUUUGACAUUUGCAUGCAGAUACCUAUCAUCUUUUACAAAGGCCUCACCUCUGUCACCUGUUGUUCAGCUUUCGAUGUCUGCUGAUGUUCCUUUAGUUGUGGAGUAUAAAAUAACAGAUAUGGGCUACAUCCGUUACUAUCUGGCACCUAAGAUUGAGGAUGACGAGAAUAAUUAAUACGUACUUGAAGGCCAUGUUAAGUUUUUGUGUCUGUUUUAAAGUAACUCAGGAAAAGUCUUCUAUGAAGUUUUUAUGAUCAUGUUUGCCUGUGUAUUAUGUGUGGAAGGAAAAGUGAAUAGCAGUUUUAGUACAGCUGGAUUUAAUAAUAUUCAAAGAUAAUUAUUUUAAAGAAUUUUUCAACUGUGAAUCUCGUGGUAAUGUACUGGUAUUACAUAUUUCACCCUUUGUGAAGUAAUAAACUUUGUAAUUUAUGUAGCUGGCUUUUUUACAGUCAAAUAAAUUUUUAUACAAAACA